AUGGCCCCCAACCCAGGCAGGGGUCUCCAGGGCCUCGGGCUCGCGCGGAAGGAGAAGGAGAGAACCAGCUUUCCUCCGGCCAUAGCUACUGACCGCAGCCUCCGUCCUGCCUCCACCCCGCUCCACCAGCGGGCCCAGCUCAGCAGAGCCCCUCCAAAGGUGGAUGCCCAGCAGAUGGAUGCAGCGCUCAUCCCGGCUCCAGGGACACGGCUGCCGGGUCAGCCCCCGUCACCCUGGCUUGGCUCGUGGCCACGUGCUAAGCCGAAACCUCUACGCCAGAGGUGGGGGCUCCUCUUUUAUCCCCACUUGACGGACAAGGACACCGUGGCCAGGAAGCCCAGGGACAUGCCUGCGGUCAGGCGGCCAGAGGUGAAACGCACCUCCCUCUCUCUGAACACACAUAAAGAGCCCACACAGCCCCCCCGGGUCCAAUUAGCUCAGGGCAGAAGGCAGACAGGGAGACCUGGGUGCUGGCUCAACUCACACAAACAGAACCCAUCCUGCGUAUCAGACAGGGGCUCCUGUCGAGGAGAAGAGCCAGGCACGUGA